UGUUCCAGCUGUGCCAGCUGUUCCAGGUGUGUCAGCUGUACCAGGUUUGCCAACUAUGCUGGCCGUGACAGAUGUUCCAGCUGUGACAGGUGUUCCAGCUGUGCGAGGUUUGUCGGUUGUUCCAGCUGUGCCGGCUGUGCCAGGUUUGCCAGCGGUGUCAGGUUUGCCGGUUGUUCCAGCUGUUCCAGGUGUGCCGGCUGCUGCCGCUGUGUCAGGACCGCCAGCUGCUCCAGCUGUGCCACCCCCUGCUGUGCCAGCUGUGCCCGUUCCUGCUGUGCCGGUUCCAGCCGCUCCAGCCGUGCCGGUUCCAGCCGCGCCCGUUCGCGCUGCCCCGGCCGUGCCCACGCCCGCGCUGGCGGUGCUGCCGGCCCCGGGCAGGGCGGUGUUCCCGGUGUUCCCGCUGUUCCCGGUGUUCCCGCUGUUCCCGGCGCUCCCGGCGCUCCCGGCGGCGCUGAUGACGCUGAUCUCGGUGUUCCCGGCGCUGCCCAGGAC